AUCUGGCUGCCUGUCUGUCUGUCUGCUUGUCUGCCUCAUUAGAGUCUCCAUCUCUGUUUCUCUGUCUGUGUCUUGGCCUCUCUUUCAUCUUUUCAAUCUUCAGCACAUCACUUAUACAACCCUUCUUAGCCAUUAACGAAGCCACCACAAAAGUUAGAUUUAAUUGCAAACAAAACAACACCAACAACGAUAACAACAACAACAACAACAACAACAACAACAACAACAACAACAACAGCAACAACAACAGCAACAUAUCAACAGAAGCAAUUAGCUGGUGCGAUGCGGUGUAUGUCGGUAUAUUGUCGCCUCCGUAAAGAAAGCCAGGACCGCUGUUACAAUAUUCGUCUGUAUUCUUGCAUAACAGCCUGGCUAGAAGAUACCCAGACUACUCUCACCUUCCAGCAAACAAACCUGUCUUCAAUGUGAAUGCAUACUUAUGCGCAUGCGUGCAAUUUAUUUGUAUGCAUGUACAAGUAGUAUGCAUAUGUAUUUGUGCACGUGUAUAUGUAUGUAUGCAUUUUAUAGCUUAGUCCAAAAACAAACGCAAAAUCCUGUUUGCCAGGAAUUCCACCACUUCUAGAUUUCACCGGGCUGCCAAAGAAAUAUAUACCAGUUACAUGCUGAGGGCCGGGCAGUCAAGAGGACCUUGUGUUGUCAUCAAAUAAUUUAUAUUCAGUUGCAUAGUUUUUUUACGUUUACAACGAGAUUCUGUUGUUGUUGUUGUUGUUGUUGCUAUUUGUCUGAGAGUGUGUACGUUGAAUUAAUGAUAGCCAAAGACAGUUACCCUGCUAUGCGUUGGACAUUCUGUGGAUUCUCAACUACACCAUGGAUUGCUUUAUGCCACGGGUGGGAAUGCAAAAAGUACACCCGAAAAAAUGUCAAAAUCGUUCUGACUAUCAACUGCCUCAGAACAGUGUGGAUUACAUUGAUAAUGUUACCAUGGCAGCGAACACCGCGAUCAAAGGGCAGAUUGGAAUGUUCCAGUCAUGCUAUCGACCAAAACCUGUUUCCAGUGAGAAACCAUCAGAUGGCAGCAUGCACUUUAGCAUCAUUCGACAUCCAAAAGAAUUACUUGAUGUUAUGAAUAUAUUAUGGCACUCAAGGAAACUUUGUGAUGUGACGUUCAAAGUUGGUGAAGAAUCCUUCCAGGCCCACAAAAUAGUGUUAGCUGCUGCCAGUCCAUAUUUUCGGGCCAUGUUCACUGGUGGAAUGAAAGAGGAAGAUAUGACCGAGAUUCCUUUGCACUGCAUAUCACCAUGCAUACUUGGUAUUCUUAUCAAUUUCGCCUACACCUCUGAAAUCCAAAUCAAUGAAAUGAAUGUUUGCCAGUUGCUGCCAGCUGCUACCAUGUUUCAGAUCACGCGUAUUGUUGAAGCUUGCACGGUGUUUCUCGAGCAACAGUUGGAUCCUAGUAACUGCAUUGGUAUUGCAGACUUUGCCAGUGAACAUGGCUGUAUGGACCUAUACAGUAAGGCAGGGGAAUACAUCUACCAGAACUUUUGUAAAGUAAGCAAAUGUGAAGAGUUUUUGAUGCUUUCUCCGUGUCGAUUGGUUAGCCUAAUCAAACACGAUGAGCUAAAUGUUGCCUGUGAGUCUGAAGUGUUUAAUGCUGUCAUUCGUUGGGUGGAGAACGACUCAGAGAAACGUCUUAGUAAGUUGGAGAGUUUACUUGGAGCUGUACGGUGCCAUUUCCUUUCACCAAAGUUUUUGGAGAAACAGCUCAAGAUGUGUAAAUUGCUCAAGAAAAAUCCACAAUGCCAGAAUUAUUUGGCACGCAUUUUUGAAGAACUAAAACUCCACAAACAGAUUCCUGAAGUUUGCCGCAAGCCUUGCAAACCGAUGGUUAUUUUCACAGCUGGAGGUUAUCUCCGGCAAUCUCUAAGUAACUUUGAAUUCUUCAAUUUGGAGAAUAACGAGUGGCGGCGAUUGCCUGACCUUCCUGUACCACGUAGUGGGCUGAGUGCGUGUGUCGUGAAGGGCAUUCUUUAUGUUGUUGGUGGACGGAACAACUCACCUGAUGGUAAUAUGGAUUCAGCUUCCUUGGACAUGUACGACCCAUAUCGGAAUAUGUGGAGACCUUGCGCACAGAUGUCUGUGCCAAGAAAUCGAGUUGGUGUUGGGACAAUUGAUAAUAUGAUUUAUGCUAUUGGCGGUUCACAUGGAUCUCAACACCAUGAAAUUGCUGAAAGAUAUGAUCCAGAAAUAGAUCGUUGGAUAUUAAUUUCUCCUAUGGAGACUAAACGGAUUGGUGUUGGUGUAGGCAUUGUUAAUCGGCUAUUGUAUGCGGUUGGUGGAUUUGAUGGAAGGAACCGUCUGUGUAGUGUUGAAUGCUAUCAUCCCGAGAGAGACGAAUGGAAAUUCGUGGCGUCCAUGAAUACAGUACGAAGUGGUGCUGGUGUGAUUGGUAUGGAACAUUAUAUUUAUGCUGUUGGAGGCUAUGACAGCCACUCACAGCUGCGUUCUGUGGAAAGAUAUUGCACUGAGACCAAUGUCUGGGAAUAUGUUGCUUCUAUGAACAGUCCAAGGAGUGCACUUAGCGUUGCUGUUGUUGGUGGGAAACUCUUUGCACUUGGUGGAUACGAUGGCAAUGAUUUCCUUUCUUCUGUGGAAUGUUAUGAUCCUGAUACUAACUGUUGGACUAAUGUGACAAACAUGACCUGUGGACGGAGUGGGCAUGGGGUAGCAGUUGGAGCUGAGCCGUGUUCAUGACCCAUACCACCCACCCCACCAAAACGCAAAGGGGUCCCCAAAAUUCAAAUAAUGACUGCUGAAUAGAUAUAGUUUCCAAAUUAUUAUCAAAGAACCAAACAUUGUGUUACUUCUGCUGUUUGUUAGAGGAGCCUCAUAGACCUUCCAUUCCUGCUGAACAAACGAAACUACAUCCUUGUCCAUCUACCAGAAUAUAAUAUAAUAUAUAUAUAUACACAUACAAACACAUAUGUAUGUAUAUAUAUAUGUAUUUAUAUAUAUGUAUGUAUAUAUAUAUGCAUGUGUAUUUAUAUAUAUAUAUAUGCAUGUGUAUUUAUAUAUAUAUAUAUGCAUGUGUAUUUAUAUAUAUAUAUGCAUGUGUAUUUAUAUAUAUAUAUGCAUGUGUAUUUAUAUAUAUAUAUAUGCAUGUGUAUGUAUAUAUAUAUAUGCAUGUGUAUAUGUAUAUAUAUAUAUAUGUAUGCAUGUGUAUAUAUAUAUAUAUAUGAGUGGACAACAGUAGGUAUGCCAUUGCUUAAUAUGGGUAGGAAAAAAAAUGAAAAGAACAUUCCACUGAUAUUAAGCAUCUGUAUCCCUAUUUUUGCCCACCCUUAUCUGUGUGUGUGUGUGUUUGGAGAAAGCUGAUGAUUCUCUUUGGUAUUGCAACUUAAUUUACUCUUAUGUUGUUAUCGUUCAGACAUCGGAAAUGUUUAUCUUUUUGUUGCUGAAAUGAUGAUGACACCCAGGGGUUGACUCCAGAGUUGUGAUAGCAGGGACCAUCAGCCUCUUCAGAGUAAAUAACUUCCACAGCAUUGCAUUGAGUGCUCUCUCUCUUAUUUGUAACCUCAAACAUGCAUGCAUCUAUAUAUUAUAUAUGUAUGUAUGUAUGGCCAGACCUUCUUGGUUGCUCACCUACUAAUCCAGUUUCUUUUCUCUCCUACAUCAAAUAUUUUCACUAUAUUUACCUGUCAGUUAGUGGCUACUCAAUCUCUCCCUCCUCUAUUUUUCUUUCUCCCUCUCCUUCCUUCUCUCUUCUCCCCCCCCCCCUCUUCCAUAACUGUCUCCUGCUCAACCAAUGCUUACAACAAACAAUUUCUCUGCUACCUAAACAAAUUUUAGUAUAUUUCUGUUUCUUUUAUAGAAAACAAAACAAAACUACAUUAAUUUCAUUUUCACAAAUAAAAUGACUUUUUCCCUAUCAAUCUAAGAA